AUGGACGACACACCUGAUUUCAAGGCCUACGAGCCUCUCCCGACUCCCAGUUCAAUCCGUCUUCUCUCAGUAUUCAGGGAGCCGUCCGAAAUUUGGUCUGACGUGAAGCAAAGGCGACCGCUUCAGCUAUCUCUUGACGUGGUAGACCUGGAAAAUGAAUGGUGUCCACAGUAUUACGCCUUGUCGUAUACAUGGGGGUCACCCUUUGCGGAUGAUGACGAAAGGUCCAAACGAUAUACCCCAGAGAAGAAAUGGCCUAUUAUAGUGAAUGGGCAGCGAUUCUUAGUCACUCGGAAUCUGUAUGAGUUUCUCAACCAGGAUGCGGGCGGAUUCGACUGGGUGGAGGAGCUGUCCGAUGUGCAUUAUCAUCCGUACAAUCAGACUGCUAUGAUGAUUAUUGUCGCCCAAAAGGGAAUCCUCAUGAAGAUGCCGAGCCUUCUUAUGAAAGGAGCAGAUGUAGGGGCACAGGAUGACUUUGGGAAAACAGCGUUGCACUAUGCUGCUGAAAAUGGGCAUCUCCAAGUAGCAAGGGAACUGGUCAACUGGGGCGCGGAUAUCGAGCGAAAGGACAAUCAAGGAAGAACGCCAUUGGAUUGCGCCAAAUCGCAAUCGACCGAUGAAUGUGCUUCUGUGGCUCGCUAUCUCGAGAACCCAGACCCUCCCCUAUAUGCUGGACUCAGCCGUGGCUGGAUCAGCUUUUGGAUCGAUGCAAUAUGCAUCAACCAAAAGGAUGUCGCUGAACGGAGUGCACAGGUGAAAAUUAUGUCGCAGAUCUAUACCAAAGCUGCCCAGGUCAUUGUGUGGCUAGGCAUAGAGGAUGAGCGUACUGCUCUGGCCAGAGACGCCUUGCAUGGGCUCAGUGAGGGCCUUCUAGAGUGGUACAGUCAUAUCAAGCUCCAUCGGUUCUUCAUGUAUCAACGUCACCCGGGGGAUUCAGCUGAGCCAAGACUUGCUGCUCGUCAGGCAGACGCUGUGGAGCAAUUGUUCGCCAGAGUAUGGUUCCAACGCGCCUGGGUUGUCCAGGAACUGGCUUUGGCACGAGAUGUCCGCAUUUUCUGCGGUGGCAUUGAGAUUUCAUACCAUAGCCUAUCACGCGUCCCACAUUUCAUAAACACAAAUAAUCGUGAAGAUGGAACUGCCAUCCAGGACCUGCUAUACGCCAGGGGUAACGGGAUCGGUGGCAUCGAAGCAAUGACCUUGAUAGACAUACGAAUACGGACUGCCACAGAGUCAACAGAAACAAGGGCACUCCUGAAUGGAAUGAAAGUACCUCCUGUAGUAACCUGGAAAGGCAAGUUGAGCCUUCAAUCUCUGGCAACAAUGACAUGGCCAUUCAAGGCCACGGACCCUCGGGAUAAGCUGUAUUCAUUGCUCGGUAUUGCGCGACGUACAGGCCAGUUUACUCCCGACUACACUUUGCCGGUAGAGGAUGUGUUUACUUCAUUCGCCAGGUUGUUUCUACAAGGAUCCCCAGACGAGCCUAUCCAGUCACUGCGCACCGGGUCUUCACGCGCUCUAGAGCCUCUUGAAGGGCUCUCAUAUGUUCAGGAAACAUCUGACAACUUCAUCUUCAAACUUCCAUCCUGGGUUCCAAACUUUGCAGCCCCUCUGAUUGCGCAUAGACUGUGGGCACCGGCGUUUAAUGCUAGCACUGGUGUAAGUACCACGGGAAUUAUCCCAGGUGACGACUCUCACACUCUCUCCUUAAAAGGAAUCAUUUGUGAUAAAGUGGUAUAUGUAGAGCCUUUCUUCACUAGCACCCUGGCUUGUAUUCACGCAUCCUGGCCCCUGAUGUUGCGCCUCUUUCCCUCUAUAUAUCCUACGGGCGAAAGCCUUGUGCGUGCUCUAUUCUACACUCUCAUGGCCAGUCAAGCAGGAGAAACAUCCACUAUCUCUGCGGAAGCAGAGAUGUCAUUCCGAAAAUUUCUAAGGCAAAAAAUGACGGAUUUCGAGCCCGGCGAAGGAGAUUCAUAUCCGCUGUUAGGACUACUUGACGAAUGUGAUGCAUGGGAUCUGCCGCACUCAUUCAUCAAGGCCAAGAAGCCUCAGCGUGACUCUCUGAAUGGGUCUCACAAAAUUUUGGAUGCCAUUCCUGUUUUUUCUAGGUUAAUGGAUACAUAUCGAUCGAGGAGUCUCUUCAAGACAGAAAAGGGAUACCUUGGUGUAGGGCCGGAGUCGAUUAAACGAGGCGAUGAGAUAUGGAUUAUUGCUGGUGCGCGGACCCCAUUUAUCCUCUCCGAGGCUUCACCCAAGGACAGUCCUGCACGGAGUGAUGGGGGCUCCUCAAGAAGAGGAUCAAGUCCCAUUUCACCGCGGAGGUUCGUCGGUGAGACGUAUAUCCAUGGCAUCAUGAAUGGGGAGGCCAUUCGAAACCGACAUCGGGACUUCAGACCUGUGUCAUUGGUGUAA